AUGUCCGACCAAGCAGCUCUUUAUCUUAUUCAUCACGUUUUCCUUCCUCCUCAGUUGCCCCAGGCAGAUGAUUUCAGUGUCAAGAAUGAAACCGUUUUGCUCCAUUACGUUCGAGACGCUCUCGUCAAAUUUUGCGACUUUGUUCCAAAAAUCAGCUUGGAGACCGUGACAGCAGCUGGUGAGAUGAUGGAGGCCAUGAUUCGCGUCCAUCAGCCUCGAGGAGAUGAUCCGGCUGUCGACGAAUAUGAGUUGCUCGAAAUGCUGCAUAAGCUACCCAGACGAGGCGCCAUGUCAACGAUUCCACUCAACAUCAGGGCCCAGAACGCCGGAGUCCUGAUCACCAAGGUCCACCACUCGGUCCGCUUGGAGGCGUUUGAGCUGUCUCCAACCAACGAAGCUGCCAUGGCGACUUCUGGUCGUCUCCGCAGGACCUUUCCCGGUGUCGGUGUGACCGUUGAUCUUGAAAAGUUCAACCAACUGGGCUUCAAAGAGACUCUCGCGGAAACCUUGGCGACCAUGAGCUUCCAAAAUGCUGCGGGAACCCAGCCAUGCGCCAAAAAAGCGGGAAAACUUCACGAAGAAAGCCGUGACACUACCCAUCCGAAGAUGGUCACGGAGCUCCUCUACGCCUUCUUACUCGCCGUCGGUAAUCCUCUCGACGAAGCGAGAAUUUCUAAGAACACCCGUGAUGAGAUCAACUGGAACAACACCUUGCUCCCGUGGCGCCGUUCUCCGACAUGGCUGCUUGUUCGCGUCAGUCUGCAGUUGAUCUUCGGCAGGCUGGCUGACCCCGAAAAUAGCCUUUACAAAACAUUCAUGGCCUUCGUCAUGGCUGAGAUCCUCCGCGAUAGCCUGGAAUCUACUGUUAAGUCCAAAUCGGAGUCCGACCUCCUGCUGUGCAUGGUCGCCAAGCUGUCCAGGCGGCUGCUCAAGCUUACAUCGGAGCCUGUCCCCGCCGCUCUCAACCACGUUCGCGAGACCAUGCGUCAAGCAAACAAACUGUUGUCGGACCGCUGGCUCAACAUCCAGAAGCAGGACUCGCCUGGCCUCUGUAAAGAGUUAGAAGCUCUAGAGGCGUCGGAUUUCGAGAAGGACUCCAUCAUGCAUCUCCCCGAGCUCGAUGACUUCCUGGCUUCUUUUGCCAGGCGAGGUACCCAGACAGCAGUCUCCCACUUCAGCCCUUCAUGGACGGUGGCAUUGUAUGACUCUUUGUUGCUACCAUCCGAGGUAGCUGUACCAGACAAUGCACACUUGUCUCUGCACCUAACGGCCUUUGAGACUUGGGUUGGCAAAAAUCUGCAGACAUGGUUUGCAGGACAUAAGACUACUGCCAACACAUGUUCUCAGCUCCGAGACCUCAUCGAAGACUACCACGGCAAGGCCAGCACGUUCUAUGGAGGCAAAGGCAAUCCCGAAUCAAUCUCCAUCAUGUUGUUAACAAUCUUGGAACUCUGGAUCGUCUGUGACAAAGCUACAAUCCAGAUUCAUCCGCUACUCAGGAAGUUUGAUCCCGAGAUCCCCUUGGGCCUAUUUCAAAACUUCCUUCUUACGACCAGGGCCCAUUUGGAGAGACUGCAUAACGCCGAGUCGUAUCUUAGAGAGCGCCUUAAAAACUGCGAACCGAGCUCCUCUGCUCCAAACAUCUACACGACAUAUGGAUCCUCCGGGUGUUUUUCCGUUCGUUACUUCGAUCAGUCCGUCAAACACCAGUCUCUUCGGAGUGAAAUCGAAGAGCAGGCACGGAAAGACCGUGAGCGCAAGAAAAACGAGCUGCGUAGGUUGAAAGAUAAAUACGACGAUCUCAUGAGGAAGUAUCACGCGAGCUCUUGCGAGUAUUACCAGGGUUACAACAAAAAAACGGGCGUUCCCUACACGGCUCACAGCCGCUAUUGCUCGCGUUGUUCAUAUUUUGAUCAAGCCAACAGCUUGAAGGUCGAAAUCCACGAGUGGCCGCUUCCGAACGGGCUGCUUGCCUUGAAGUCGACGGUCUUCGAGCUGUCCGUCCCCGAAGGCUUUGGAAGCUGGCGCGAAGCCAGUAUCUACUUUCUUUUCAACGUCCUGAAGGAUUGUUUCAACUGUGAAGGACGGCCUCGCUCAAACCAUUCCUUAAAGGGCUACCAAGGCCUAUCUCGGUAUUUUCAAAGCAACGUGAGUAGUCAACACAUUAGUCUUCUCUCGGAGGACAAACCCCAUAUGGCGACGCAUCGGAGGAUGGUUUCUGUUUCAACGGCUACUGAGUCUACAGUUUGCGUCAUCAACGGGCUUCACUACGCAUGCUACGACGGUCGCCGGUCCUGCUUUCUUACUCCAUUUCGAACUACAGACACGAUCCCAAAGGAUUGCACUUACAAGAUGCCUCCGGCCUCGAAACACGUCCAAGAAUACCUUUUCCGUCCUUCGACCAUGCCUAGCGGUCCUCCACCAAACACCGUACUGGCGAGCCUAAACGAGUGCCCCGAAGACAUGACGAUCGAGGAAUUCAAGGCCAUCGCUUCCAUCCCUCUUGGAUACAAUCUUCAAUGGAGAAAUAUCAUGGUUCAACUCUUCUCCCCUUCAGUGGACUUCAACCGAAGGGAAACUGUUCUCGUCAUUCAGCAGUGUAUCUACCAAGCUGGCCCACCUAACAGGUCCACGUCUCGAUGUGCUCACGGUAUCUGCGAAGAUGAGAAAUUCGCCUCAAGGAUGGUUGAAGGCCUUUUCGAGGCAACACAACGCUUCGACGAGAACUGGCAGUCGUCCGCCGCCUUGACGGCUUUCACAGCCCUUGCUCGCUGUCUCUUUUCCCUCACUCCUUCUUCCGAUAUCCGGCAAGAAUGCCUCGGUUUCCUGUCAAAAGCGAGAAGCGUCACAUUUUCUUGGGCGCAGGAUCUGAAGAGCAAGGCUCAGGAGUCGUCAGUCGACGUCGACAAGCUAGAGUUCCAGCGCAGGGCAAUCGAGGCUUACCUGAUCUGCGCGGACACUUUCAAUAUUGACGAGAGGUUCCAAGACGCCGUCUUCUCGGACAAUGCAAGCGUCUCUACGUUUCUUCAGUGCUCUAUCGCCAUCCAGGAGGGUGGCCAGACUCUUCUGACUUCUCUCGAUGCGUCAGUUCAGUAUCUCUAUUCUCGCUGGCAGAGAACAUCUUUCCUACAUUGCAGGUUUCUCAGAGAGCGGAUUGUGUCCGGGGGAAGCCCCGGGCUAGAUGACGCGAUAUCCGCAUCCUGGUCCGUUUACCAGCCAAGUCGUGUGUGGGAACAAGUGUCAGUGAAGCAUAGAUCAUGGUUGACCAGCAUCACCGCGUCUUUAAGACCGAUGGUGGUGCAUUUCUGUCUUCUUACCGGCGAGUUUCUGGUCGACGGCGUUCCCCUGAAUCGUCUGCCGAAAGACUACCUCGAUCAUGAGUCUUACAAAUGUCUUUUUGGGUCCUUGUCAGCCGAGAUUAUGCCCACGCCAGUUCCGGGUAUGCGAUUCUCCCUCAAGCGACGAUACGCAGGCUACCUGGUCCACUUGGGUCUCACCCAUGGCCCCAGGCAAACUGUGCCAGAUUUCUUGGUGCAGGCCUCGAGAGGUGAUUUCAUUUACGAGUUGGUUCCAAAACGGUGUCUCAGGGGCAGUUUGCCGACCAAGUUUGUGGAGGAUUAUGUCCAUUGGUGGGACUACACGGGGGAGUGUGUCGAGUUUCGCGAUAAGAAGGCUCCAUGGCUGCUUGCGACAUCGCACUGGAGGCUUACAAAGGUUCACUACGAAAGCAAGUGGCAGCUUGUCCGAGACGACUCUACACUUGUCGAUGUACGCAGUCAGUCGGCUCAGCUGAUUUCAACAAUCUUUCGGCCGCUCGAAGACCCUUAUUGGAUCCACAUAGUCCGCAGAAAGUCGGACUCGUCAGUCGCCGUGGAACUCCCUCGAGCUCGUUUGGAAUUCAGUUACGCUCCUCGUCAGCCUUCUAUCCUUUCACGGCAGUACCGCGGGAUGUCGGUUGACCCCGACCAGUUCAUCGGUACACUGGUUGGCCUGAAAGACAGGCUGGUCCUGAGAGACGACCAAUUUAGCCAUCCAGCCAUCCCUACACGCCGAAAGGUUCUCGUGCUUGAGGGACGGGUAUCGUUCGCCAAGACGAAAGACCAUGUCGAAGUUUGCAUUUCCAAAGGCGACGCUGCGAGAGUGCAUGCCUACGAAGUGGACGAUAGACUCGCGAGGCUCGUCAGCAACGAAAGCCGGCAGAGCAAUCUGUUCCUUUCCUACCUGCAUGCUAUGACGUCUUUUGCGAUUCCUGACCCCCUCACGGAGAGAACGGGCACGGAACAGGCCUUGUCCAUUCUCAGCUCGGCCUCGGUCAAGUCGUUCGACGUGCUGACGGGAGAGAACAUCAACAUCCUGAGCAAGCUUGCCCAGCUCACACCGGGUAGAAGAUUUUACCCUGCCAACGAGCGCGUUAUGCAGACCGUUACCUGGGACUCCCAGUUGGGAUUCUUGGCACAGCAUGACCUAUUCCUGGGCCAUGUGCAAUCCAUCUUCAAGCAGGCAGAGAGAUCCAAGUUCUUCCACCCGGAAUCUUACGUCAGUCCACUAGAUCCAGAACUGAACCGAGUGGACUCCCAUCUCCUCAAACGAGACAGUCUCCGUUCCUCAAUGUUUCGGGUGUCUGGGUUCGGGGCGGAGAGCUUCAGUCUGCAACACGACGCCCCUUACGCCGCAAGAGACCGUGCCGGAUCCUCUGCAAGCUCGCAGGCUUUCAAGAUUGCGCAGCUUGUCUUUUCGGAGGAGCCCGUUCUAAUAGAGUCCUUACCCACGGGCAUGGAGAGUCUUCUUUGGAAUUUCCUAAGCAACAGCACCUCGGUUUCGGGCAGCGACUGCGACCUCCCUACCGAGCAAGUCACCUACAACGCAGACCUCCUGUCGAAUAAUUCCUCGCUAAACUUCAUAACCUCCAACUGGAUCGGCCUACAAAAGAGCCUGAGAAUAUCUGUCAAUAAGCACCACUUGAUGAUGUGGCUGGCGACGCUUGCCUUUGCACAAAACACGGACACGGCUGUGCUUCAGACGUUGGCCUCUUCACAAACGAGCCAGCACGUUGCCGGUGUUCCCGCCCCAGAGGGCGACCUCUUCGAUCUUCGACAUGGCUGUACGUUCGAUGCAACCCUGACACGUGCGCGUUUAGAAGGCAGCUGUGUCCCUUUUGACGAAAGCCCGGAGCACCGUCUACACCAGCAGGUGAAUGAGUCCGAUUACGCUUUCAUGCAACGCCAGGAGAAAGAAUACCACGCCAAUUUGAGGCGCGCGGUUAACGCCCUUUUGGAUGUUCUUCGGGCUCAGUGGCCGUGUAAAGUUCCAAAGAUACCGCCGAACCACUCCGAAAAGUGCCAUUGGGACUUAUACGUCCGGGUUAGAGAAGCACUUCCCGGUAUCCAGGCACUCAUCAAGACGUGGUACGACAAUCUUCAAUUCAAGGCCUACAUACGAGAGAUCGUUCGAUCGAUGCCAUCACGGGUUACGCCUCGAACCCUGAAAAAGUCUUUGGUGGCAACGCCAGACCCAGCUCUGUCCUCAAGACCACGUUUUAUCAGCGAAGAUGCCCUCUUCAAGAGCUGUCAGCCACCUUCGAUUGUGAAGGAACCCCGGAUCUUUGACCUUGAGUCAGUUCAUAAGCACCAGAGGCGAUACUACCGACUCCCGAGCCUGCUUUCCAGCCUCUCCAGUAAGACUGUGGGAGAGUAUCAAGCAAGAUAUGUUCAAGACCUCGAAUCAAGCUCGGACGCUUUACAGAGACGUCAGCUUACAGAGAAUCGGAGUGACUCUCCGAACGAUGACUUGAAGAGUCGGUUGUGUUCCUACUUGCAGGUUUGGAGAGAUCACACCCAGGAGCUCCUUGGUCUCAUCAUGGACACUCUCUUCGAUUUACCAGCAACCGGCCCUUCUAAGUGUGCCACGCACAUCUUUGAUUACUACCAACGCCCCAGACUCUCGGUGUCGUCUCUUUUACAGCGGCUGAACCACGUACAUUUCAACAAUACCCCCGUCGCAUGGAGGGAUUGCUUGACUCACUUCGGCCUAUCUAUAUCUCAACUUCAGCGCGCGGAACGAAUGGUGGCCUCGUUGGGAGCUCCGAUCGCGCUAGAAAACGAGCUACGAAACCCUGGGCACACCAAUUGGUCCCCCAGAGACUACCCAGAUACACUUCUCUUGGAAGUCGAAAGCAGCAUUAUGGUUCGAGAGGUCCAGGAGAGCAUUGCUGAAAAAAUGAGGAGCCCGCCGGGUAACGAGAACGCCGUCAUGCAGUUGAACAUGGGUGAGGGAAAAUCCGCCGUCAUCGUUCCGAUGGUUGCAGCAGCCCUCGCAGACGGAUCGUGUCUCGUCAGGGUCAUUGUGGCCAAGCCUCAGUCCAAGCAAAUGCUUCAGAUGAUGGUAUCGAAGCUGGGCGGCCUUCUCAACAGGCGCAUCUUCCAUAUGCCAUUCUCCCGAGCGGUUAGGGUCGGAACGUCUGAAGCGACCGCCAUCCAGGCCAUCUUUCAAGACUGUAUGGACUGCCGAGGCAUCCUACUAGUUCAGCCGGAGCAUAUCCUGUCUUUCCAACUGAUGGCUAUCGAGACGGCCAUCUCGGGGAAGGCGAACGUGAGUCAGUCUCUGGUAAGAGCUAAAGACUUUCUUGGCCGUGUCUCUCGCGAUAUUGUAGAUGAAAGCGACGAGAACUUCAGCGUCAAAUUCGAGCUUGUCUACACGAUGGGAACUCAGAGGCCAGUUGAGUUCAGCCCCGACCGGUGGGUGUGCAUACACCAAGUCCUCGAGGUUGUGAGGAAGUUCCUCCCGGAGGUUCAAAGAACCCAUCCCGACUCGAUAGAAGUGUCUGCGCACCAUAACGGCUGUUUUCCUAGGACGCGGAUCCUACAAGAAAUCGCCAGAGAUCUUCUGCUCAGCCUCGUGGCUCGUCAUCUCAGCAAAGCUGGCUCAAAAGGUCUUCCGAUGGCCAUCCAGUCUUCUCACGUACAGAAUGCCGUGUUCACCUACAUAUACAAGACUGACUUGUCCAAGUCUGAGAUCGACGCAGUUGAAACGUCCGAACUCUGGUCCUCAUCGACGAAGGACGCGAUUCUGCUCUUGCGAGGGCUCAUCUCCAGCCAGAUACUCAGUUUCGUGUUUUGUCAGAAGAGAUGGAGGGUUGACUAUGGACCUGAUCACAACAGACGUCCCAGCACGCGACUUGCAGUGCCGUACCGAGCGAAGGACAACCCAAGCGCCCGGUCCGAGUUCAGCCAUCCAGAUGUCAUCAUCAUUCUCACGUCUCUUAGCUACUACUAUGGGGGACUGGACGAUUCUGAGAUUUUCAUGAGCUUCGAACACCUUACGCGAUCAGAUCAGGCCGAUAUGGAGUACGGUUACUGGGUAAAGGACAGCCACAAUCUGCCGGUAGCUUUUCGACAGCUCACCGGAAUCAACCUCGAAGACCGCCAGCAAUGCGUCGAACAAGUCUUUCCAUGCAUUCGCUUUUCCAAGGGGACGAUCGAUUACUUCCUUCAACACAUUGUCUUUCCCAAGGAGAUGAAGGAGUUCCCACACAAGCUCUCGGCCUCCGGGUGGGACAUUGGGGCGAAGAAGGUCAACGCAACCACGGGCUUCAGCGGAACAAACGACUCCCGGGCGUUUCUUCCCUUGAGCGUCAAACAGCUCGAUAUUCCAGAGCAGAAGCCGACCAACGCGCUGGUUCUGGAGUACCUUCUCCAGAACGAAAACUCGGUAGCCUUGAUGCCGGCGGUCAAAGGUUCCGACAAGUCACUCGCUGAGACAUUGUUGGAAAUGGUUGUUCGACUGGACCCGCCGGCCCGUGUCAUUCUCGACGUCGGCGCCCAGAUACUGGAGCUGGAUAACCUGGGAGUUGCGAAGCGGUGGCUUCAGAUGAUGGAAGACCGCGAAAUGACACAGGCUGUUAUUUUCUGUGACGAGGAUGAUCACAUCUGCGUCGUGGAUCGCAGGGGCCGAGUUGAGAGCUUCCAGACAUCUCCAUUUGCUAAUCAGACCGAUGUCUGUCUCGUGUUCUUGGACGAGGCGCACACCAGAGGAACAGACCUCAAGCUCCCCGGAGGAUACCGAGCUGCCGUGACACUGGGAGCCAACCUGACCAAGGACAGACUAGUUCAAGGCAAGUCAAUCAACAUCCCCAUGAUAGCCUCCCUCUGA